AUGGGCACUUGGGGAGCCAAGGGCUUUGGUGCAGACGUGGCCAAGUCCAAGAACCACACCACGCAUAACCAGUCACGAAAAUGGCACAGAAAUGGCAUCAAGAAACCCCGGUCACAAAGAUACAAAUCUCUUAAGGGGGUAGACCCCAAGUUCCUGAGGAACAUGUGCUUUGCCAAGAAGCACAACAAGAAGGGCCUGAAGAAGAUACAGGCCAACAAUGCCAAGGCCAUGACUGCGUGUGCUGAGGCUAUCAAGGCCCUUGUCAAACCCAAGGAGAUUAAGCCCAGGAUCCCAAAGGGAGGCAGCCACAAUCUCAAUCAGCUUGCCUACAUCACUCAUCCCAACCUCAGGAAAUGUGCUCGUGCCCGCAUUGCCAAAGGUCUUAGGCUCUGCUGGCCAACGGCCAAAGCCAAGGCUCAAACCAAGGCCCAAGCUGCAGCUGCGACCCCGGGUCUGGCUCCUGCUUCUAUUCCUGUGGUGCAGUCUCCCAAAGGUGCCCAGGCCCCCACAAAGGCUCCAGUGUAGAGGCUUCUGCCUGCCAGUGUGAGGACGGAACUGGUAUGACCCCUGGGCUUCUGUCUGCAUGGGCCUGGUGUCCUCCUGUGCUAUUUGUACAAAUAAACCUGCGGCAGGAUCUGUC